CAGCGCAUAAACCUCAGAAAUCACUGUGUCCAAACAAAAACGAUUUACAUGCACGGAGAUAAAUUUCAGUGAAAAAUUAUCCCUAAAUUCGUGGCUAGAAGACAUGGAGAUUGAAUGGACUUUUGUCUGACUCAUCAGUUUUAUCAGUUCUUUCUCGGGCUGCAGGACAAUUUUACAACUAUUACUUUGGUUUUGUUGAUAGUGUUCUAAGAAAAAAAUCAUCGACUUCUGACGGAUGCUAUUCCAUUAAUCGUGAUAUCUAUUAAAAAUCGCGAUAGAUAUAUAUGACUCGAAUCGAUACUCGACUCUUGAAUUGUGCGACGAGGAAAUUUUUUUUUGUGAAGUUCUAGAGGAUUUUUAUGUAGAUCAAUAUGUAUGGAAUAUUCAACGAGGCGAUCACGAUUAAUUAGUUGACAAUUGUGUAAACACAGAUCAUUUGUAGCAGCUGGAAAAACUGGGGCACUUGUUGGAAUAGAAUUAAUCGAUUGAAAUAUCAUUGAUUAUGAUCAAAAAUUGAACCUUCCACCGAAACUGCGCAAUGAUUGAUCCUUAAUAUUUGAAUAAUAUGAUUUUCUUCGUGUAAUUGUAAUUUAAGUCUCAUUGUAUGAUGUUUUUUUAACGAUCAAAUAUUAACCUUGGACAGAACAGAUAAAGCAAAUAAAAGCGCGAAAUUUUCUUUUCGAGUAUUUUAAUGUUAAAUUUAUCUCAAGUUUCAAGUGACUCGACAAAGUGUUCGCUACGUACUUCAGUGGUUGAUAACGUAAGAAAAAACUGCCAUUUUCGAGUAACAGAAUAUAUCAUAAAUUUACGCGCAAAAAAGAAUGAACUAGAAAUGAUGUUGGCGAAUAACUAGAAAGUGGAUAACAAAACAUCGAAAAUUCAGCUUCAGUUGAUUCGAGUUUUUUCAGUCGCAAAUUUUCCAACUUUUUGUGCAGUUUUGCCUUUUUAUACCACCGAUAUGUGCCCCACAGAAACUGGUCGAUAAUAAUUUGUAUUAGAUUCACUUCCCCCCUCUCUCGAUUAAUAGAUUUAAUAUUAGUUUAUAUAAAAGGAUAUGUAAUGAGUAAAUGAUUUUCGCACCCUGUGAAAUGGAAUAUAAUUCAUACCGGCGAGGUUGAAGUCCUUAAGAAUCAUCAGUCCCCCACCAUUGACAUGAUCGAAGCGAUGUGGCCCCCAGAAACUAGUUUUCUGUGAGUUUGACUAUAAAUAGCGAUCGUCAGUUCCAGAAAACUUAUAAAUCCGUGGACAAACGAGUAACUCUACUGCCACCGCCAUUGAAAUAUUACGUCGUUUCUUUUGAAUCCUGCAAUAACAAUAAACAACGUGCAAUGUUCAAAAACUUGAAUCCAUUCUUUGUACUGAUAAUCGUGUGUGUCAUAAUUGUUGAAGGAGAUAAAGAAUCUGCGAUAUUGUAUGACGCAUCUGAUCCUAUCGUGAUCCUUGAUUACACGAAUUUUGAGACUGCUGUUAAUAAUCGAAGUACCGCUUGGUUUGUCGAGUACUAUUUCCACUGGUGUGGACACUGCCAGCGAUUCGCUCCUACAUUCAAGUCAUUUUCAAGCAACAUCAAUGAUUGGAGUGACAUUGUUCAGGUGGGGGUUAUAAACUGCGCCGAUGAAAAAAACUCGGACCCUUGCAAUGGUGUCCGGCCGGUUCCCGCGAUUAAGUAUUUCUCGUUGAGUGAGGAAACCGGAAAGAAGAUUAAUAUGUCCAGCCACAGUACGGAGGUGGAAAUCAGACAGCGGUUGAUUGACGAACUGCACAAGGAUCACCAAAGUGGACAGAGAAGCUAUUGGCCGGAUAUUGCUCCUUACAGCGGUGAUGCUUCUGAGGAUUGGGAAGAGGUCCUUCCACCACCUGUAAAUUACCAGUUAUUCCUCUUUGAGGGGAACGACUCUUACCUAGGGACGGAAGUGAUUCUCGACCUGCACAAAAUGACGUCUCUUCAAAUCCGGAGAGUAACGAAUGACAACGAACCGCUUCAAAGAAAGUAUGACGUCACCACGUUCCCCGCUCUCGUCGUCCUUGACAGAGCGGGCAGGGUAAUCCCAGUGGAGCUCUUGGACUCCACUCGAGAGGGCAUCACCAAAGUCAUCAAAGACUUCAUGAGAUCCCAAGGACUUAUCUCUGCACUUGGCCAACCUACAGAUCCGAAAAUCCAAGUGCAAAGUAAUAAUGAAGUUUCCCCAGCAGAAAGCAAACAUUCUGAGUCAAUUAAAAAAUCCUUCCAAGACGGACUGUACCAGGCAGAUUUAGAGAGAGCUCUGAAAUACUCUUUAAUUCAAGAAAUUUCGUUGACUGAUGAAUUCACGAAUGACAAGUUGCAAGCCCUAACGAUCUAUCUAGAAGUAUUAGCAAAUUAUUUUCCGCUAAGAAAAGGGAACUCUGAAUUUCUAAUCAGACUGCACGAGAUAGUCGCCAAUGAGACUAGUUUAACAGGUGAAAUUUUCAAAAAUAUUGUGACGAAACUCCAGCAGGAGUUGUCUCCAGUUUUCAUGGAGCAUCGAGAGUGGACUGGCUGCAAAGGCAGUGCCCCCCGUUUUCGGGGGUUCCCCUGUGGCCUCUGGACCCUCUUCCAUACUUUAACUGUCAGUUAUGCUAAAGACGUUGGGGAUGAGGCUAAUCCAUCUGGUGUGGAAAGUCCAUCCAUUAUUCUCGGAGCCAUGUACGGAUACAUAAAAAACUUCUUCGGUUGUUCAGACUGUGCCUCACAUUUCGUUGAUAUGGCAAACAGGAGGAAUUAUUCCGCUGUGAUGAUUCCUGAUGAUGCGAUUCUGUGGCUCUGGGAGGCUCACAACGAGGUGAACCAGAGGCUCUCUUCUGAUUACACUGAAGACCCAGUCUAUCCGAAAAUUCAGUACCCCAGUUGGAAACAUUGCAACACUUGCAGACAUGGUAAUACAUCUUGGAACUUGCAAGAGGUUCUUCAUUAUUUGAAAAAUAAAUAUAGUAGGAUUAUCCUUUCGAAUCAACCAGUUCUCCCAGAGAGCAAUGAGUUCAAGUUUCAGGCACUCGAUUGAUGAGAAUUCAUAAAAAUUACCAAUCAAUCAACAAAAAUGGAAAGUGAGUCAUUUUCCUUUGUUAAAAAAUUCGAAGAUUACCGAUUGUUAUUUAGUAGGAAAAUAAAAUAGUCUGAUGAAACAGAAGAUAUAAUCAUUCAUCCGAAAAUAAAUAAAAUUAAUGAACAAUGAGAAAAUAUUUUAUUAUCUUUUCCCGCAAUGCUCAAGGAGAAAAUGUAUA